CACUGGCCGCUGCCGGAACCACACCUGCUUCCGGGACGCUCGCGCCUUAAUUGGCACGUGAUGGCCAGGACCAUAGCCCUCUUGGACACUGCCCCAAGUGUCCUCCGAGGGCACCGGGUCCUGACAUCCCUCACACAAUGGGACCUCUAAUAACGGCCGGCGCGCAGGCCCAGGUCCAGGGCCUUCUCCGUGCCAUCCUCGGGCCAGGGAGCAGAGCUCAGGCACAAGGGGCGGGAGUUCGGGCGGAGCGUAGGUACAAGAGCUAAGGAUUGAGGAGAGCAGUACGCAGGCGCACGCGGCCAAGCGGUUGUCGUCACGAUGCGCGACGCAGGAGCAGGAGCGGGCGCUGUUGGGAGCGCGGACGCAAGGGGAGCUGGGAGCUUGGGGUCGCAGGGGCCCGCAGGUAGCCUAGCACCAUGUUCGGAUCCAGCAGGGGCGGCGUGCGCGGCGGGCAGGACCAGUUCAACUGGGAGGACGUGAAGACCGACAAGCAGAGGGAGAACUACCUGGGACUCGCGCUCCGUCCCGCAGGCAACUCACUGAUGGCCCCAGUGGGCCGUUGGCAGAAGGGCCGCGACCUCACUUGGUAUGCCAAGGGCCGGGAGAACGGCGCGGGGCUAAGCCGCGAGCAGGAGCUGGCUGCCGUGAGGCUGGCAGAGCAAGAGGCUCUCAUGGCGGCUCUGGGCUACAAGAACGUGAAGAAGCAGCCCACCGGCCUGAGCAAGGAGGACUUUGUGGAGGUCUGUAAGCGGGAAGGCGGGGACCCCGAGGACAGGGGAGUGGAGCGGCUUCUGGGCCUGGGGAGCUCCAGUGGCUCGGUAGGCCGAAUGGCGCUGUCCCGAGAAGACAAGGAAGCCGCUAAGCUGGGGCUGUCCGUGUUCACGCAGCACCAGCGCACGGAGAGCGGUGUGCCCGGAAUUACCCCGUCUUCCGCCAGGAAAAAGCCUCGGGAGGACAAAGUGGAGCCAGGCCCCGAGAGCCACAAGAAGAGCAGGAAGGAGAAGAAGAAACACAAGGAGAAGAGAAAACAACGGGCGCACAGGAGGGCAGUCUCCUCUCCAGGCCCCGCUUCCUCCGGGCACUGCUCUGGCUCUCCGCCCUGCAGCCAGAGGCAGCCCAGGCAUGAUAGUGACUGAGCCCAAUCCCUGGUCCUCCACUUCCGUUUCCCUUCGUGUCACUUCCUCUUUGUACUUGCAUAAACUCAUUUCAAGUAGAGCAUGUCUUACACUAAAGGGAAGGUCGCUGUCACGUGGAAACAGGAGCAGCACUGUCCUGGGGAAGUCCUAGGCUGCUGCAGGGAGCAGACCUCUGAGGUCUGGGGUGGGCUUGCACCUGGGGCAUCCCCACCCCCUGCUGCCAGUCCACUCUUACACUCUUCUGAAGGGUACUGCCACCCACAGGACUUAGGCUUCAGCAUCCGCCUGGGCUGCAUCUGUUAUUGCAGACUUUUUUUUGCUUCUAAUUAAAAGAGAAAAAUUAUGUAUUCAGAA